AUGGAGGCGCCACCACUGCUGCUGGCCAUGCCGAACCCAGCCUGUGGCCUGAGCCUAAGGCUACUGCUUCUGCCACUGCUGCCAGCUGGAGCCUGGUCACAACUAUGGAAAGAAGCAGAGGUCCUGUACAUCUUAAUAGAAAAGCAGCUGGCUGCUAUGUACCACACCUUGUUGGCUAUAGAGCCCAUCGAUGGAAAAGCUCUGACCAAGGUUCCUAAGAGCAAGGCUAGGGAAGCCACCAAAGUGGCUAUUGAUGUAGGUUACCGCCAUUUCGAUGCAGCCUACGUCUAUGAAAAUGAGGAGGAGGUUGGCCAGGCCCUUCGAGAGAAGAUCGCUGAUGGCACAGUGAAGAGAGAGGAGUUAUUCUACACCACCAAGCUUUGGGCUACUUUCUUCCGACCAGAGUUGGUCCGACCAGCCCUGGAAAGAUCGCUGAAGAAGCUUCAGCUGGACUAUGUAGACCUCUUCCUUAUCCACGUGCCUGUUGCCAUGAAGCCUGGGGAGGAGCUUUUCCCCAAGGAUGCCAGUGGGGAAAUUAUUUUCGAAACAGUGGACCUGCGGGAAAUAUGGACAGCCCUGGAGAAGUGCAAAGAUGUGGGUUUAACCAAGUCCAUCGGGGUGUCCAAUUUCAAUCACAAACAGCUGGACAUGAUUCUGAACAAGCCGGGCCUCAAGUACAAGCCCGUGUGCAACCAGGUUGAAUGUCACCCUUACCUCAAUCAGAGCAAACUCCUGGAAUUCUGCAAGUCCAAGGACAUCGUUCUAGUUGCCUACAGUGCUCUGGGAACCCAAAGAGACCCAAAGUGGGUGCCAGAGGACAGCCCACAUCUCUUGGAGGAUCCAGUCUUGAAGGAAAUUGCCAAGAAACACAGUAGAAACCCAGGCCAGGUCGCCCUGCGCUACCAGCUGCAGCGGGGGGUGGUGGUCCUGGCGAAGAGCUUCAAUGAGAAGAGAAUCAAGGAGAACUUCCAGGUUUUUGACUUUGAACUGACUCCAGAAGACAUGAAAGCAAUUGAUGGCGUCAAUAGAAACUUCCGAUAUUUUAAAGCACAAUUUGAGGCAGGCCUGCUGUCUGGUGUAGAAGUGACACAGGAGCUCCCUGCAGACCUCAGAACAAAGGUGAACUCCAGGACCCCAUAUGGGAUCCGACAGUAAGUGCCGUCCAUCACCCUUGGUAUCCAUUGUCUGAAGAAUAUUGACUGAGGUCAAUCACUAUGGGCUCUACCAGAGUUUUUUCCUUCUAGAGUGUGCGCACGAUUUCUGUACCUGCUGGAGCUAAUGGGAAGCAGGGUCUCUGGAUUCAGGCACUUGCCCUUUUAUCUCUUAAAGAAAUAAAAAGACUUCAGAAUAAA